CUACACGUCACCUCGGUGUGUUGUCAAAUUCGUAACUUUUCUUAAUUUGAUGUAAUUUUGCAAAAUUGCAGCGAAUUCAUAAUGGUGCUUAUAGCGGCGACAGUAUGUACAAAAUCUGGGAAAGCAUUGGUCUCUCGUCAGUUUGUCGAAAUGACGAAGGCACGUAUCGAAGGACUGCUGGCGGCCUUCCCCAAGCUCAUGACAGGCGGUCGCCAACAUACUUUUGUUGAAACUGAGAGUGUUAGAUAUGUAUACCAACCCCUGGACAAACUCUAUAUGCUGCUCAUCACCACUAAGGCCAGCAACAUCCUUGAAGACCUAGAGACUUUGCGUCUUUUUAGCAGAGUGGUGCCUGAGUACUGCACCCAACUGACAGAAGUAGAAGUUUUAAACCAAGCAUUUAACCUGUUAUUUGCAUUCGACGAGAUCGUCGCUCUCGGUUACAGGGAGAGUGUCAAUUUGGCACAGGUUCGCUCCUUUGUAGAGAUGGACUCUCAUGAAGAAAAGAUCUACCAGGCUGUUAGGCAGACGCAAGAGCGCGAGGCAGCGAAUCGCAUGCGCGAGCGCGCCAAGGAGCUGCAACGAGAGAGACUCGAAGCCGCCAAGAGAGGGCAGCCGCCACGCUCGCAAAUGUCCUUUGGAAGUGGAUUCGGCAGCAACACCAUGUCUUCUUCAACUUCCACGGAACCUAUCGCCGAGAAGUUGCCAUCUACACCUGCGCGUGAUACGAAAGGCGCGCUGCAAUGAAAGUGGUGAAUAACAAUAAUACAGGCCU